AUGGCUGUGAAAGAGCUCUUGGUUUCCUUCCUCGCGACUGCAGUCGCAUACAUUGUAUUCAAGAUCUUCCGGUUUCUCUACGCAGAAUGGACCUCGCCUCUUCAUGCCCUUUCCGGUCCUCCAAACAAGAGUCUAAUCUACGGCAAUAUAAAGGAGCUAUCAGACUCUGAAGAGCUAUAUGAAAGGUGGACCAAGAAGUACGGUGCUACCUUCAAGUUCAAGGCGUUCUUGGGAGUGAACCGUCUAUACACCACAGACCCGAAAGCGCUCAGUCACAUUCUCAUGAACAGCAUGAUCUACCAGAAGCCGGAGCCUGCGCGUUAUCACCUCAGCUGGCUUUUGGGAAACGGUAUUUUGGUUGUUGAAGGCGAGAAGCAUAGGCAGCAGAGGAGGAUUAUGAAUCCCGCGUUUGGACCUGCGCAGACAAGAGAACUGACCGAGAUAUUCAUCGAGAAGUCUAUCGAAUUGCGAGACAUAUGGCUGACAGAAAGUCAGAAGGAUGAAAAUAAUAGAAUUGAUGUGCUCUCGUGGUUGAGUAGGAUGACUCUGGACGUGAUUGGGCUCGCAGGCUUCAACUACAAGUUUAACGCCCUCGCCGCUAGUGACUCCGAGAAGAAUGAGCUCAAUCAAGCGUUUUCACUCCUCUUCAGGUCUCGCAGCAGGAUGAAUCUUCGGACUAUGCUCGACACCAUGGUUCCGUGGUUAAGACCAAUCAUUAAACACAUUCCCGACGAACUGGAUGCCGAACACAAGAUCGCGAGCGAAACCAUGGCGCGCAUCGGAGCUGAGCUAUUGCAAGAAAGCAAGGCCGGCGUCUAUAUGGAGAAUGGGAAAGUCGUAACGUCAUGGAAGAGGGAUUUGCUUUCGUUGUUGGUUAGGGCAAAUAUGGCGACAGACGUACCUGCAAGCCAAAGAAUGACAGACGACGAAGUUCUGUCUCAGGUGCCUACCUUCCUGGUUGCUGGACACGAAACGACGAGUACCGCGACGACCUGGGCGCUCUACGCCCUCUCUCUUUGCCCUGACGUUCAAAACAGGCUGCGAGAGGAGCUCCUCGCCGUGGGGACCGACAACCCGACGAUGGACGAGCUCAACGCUCUUCCCUAUCUCGACAUGGUUGUUCGAGAGACGCUGCGUCUCCACGCUCCCGUUCCAGCCACAAUCCGGGUCGCGGUUGAGGACGACGUGAUCCCGCUUAGCAUCCCAGUCACAGCGAGGGACGGAAGUGUUCUGCGAGAGAUACGAGUGCGGAAAGGCCAGACAAUGGACAUUCCCAUCUUGGUAAUGAAUACAGUGAAGUCGAUCUGGGGCGAGGACGCAAAGGAGUUCAAGCCUGAGAGGUGGGAAAAGGUUCCUGACGCAGCCGCAGCAAUUCCUGGGGUGUGGGGCAACAUGCUCACUUUCCUCGGUGGUCCUCGGGCGUGCAUUGGUUACCGGUUCUCUCUGGUCGAGACAAAAGCGCUCUUGUUCACGCUUGUGAGGGCAUUCGUGUUUGAAUUGGCUGUACCCGCGGAAGAUAUCGGGAAGAAGUCGGACGUCGUUCAACGCCCUGCGCUCAAAUCGGAUCCUGAGGCAGGCAACCAGAUGCCUUUGAGACUGACGCCCGUCAUACGGAACUGA